UUCGUUAGCGAACUACACAUUACUUGUCGGACGGUGACUACAGUCUGACGCCGCUUGUGCCUGUCGUGGGGGAACUGAACCGCGGCCCCGGGUGUGGCUUCAAACGUGACAAAUCUCCGCCGCUUAGAAAGAAUGCGUGAUGUUGCAAAGGCAGUAGGGGAAAGAUUCAUCUAAAAACAACCACCGUCCGGUGUGAACGUUCUUGUCGACUCUCUUUGAUUGAUCGCUUUUGAGUACAGCUGGAAUACUUUUUUUUUCUUUCUACGGAACUUCCGGAGUCAUUUCUCGUGAGUUUAUCAUGCGUUGAAGGAAGUGUCGAAUUUGUUCAAACCAAACAAAGAGGCCUGCCUGUUGGAAAACAAAGUUUUUUUGGGCUGCCUAUUUCCCCCCCAAAAAAGAGGCGCUCAUGCUGCUUUUGUGACCGGGCAAGUCGCUCGAUUUGACGGCCAAAGGGAUUUGGUGAACCGUCCCGAACAAAAAAAAAAGGAGAAGUCGUUUUACUCAACUUUAGAUUUUUUCCCCCUUCUAAACAAAGGCUUAGAGCCUCGUUUUUUCCCCCAGGUGAUUUUUACCACAAAAGCAGCAGCCCUGAAGCGAGCACUCGGAACCAUGGGUUGCACCGUGAGCCAGGAGGAUAAAGCCGCGGCCGAAAAGUCCAAAAUGAUCGACAAGAGCCUGCGAGAAGAUGGAGAGAAGGCGGCCAGAGAAGUGAAACUGCUGCUGCUGGGUGCUGGGGAGUCUGGAAAGAGCACCAUUGUGAAGCAGAUGAAGAUUAUCCAUGAGGACGGCUACUCAGAAGAAGAGUGCAAGCAGUACAGAGCGGUUGUGUACAGCAACACCAUCCAAUCCAUCAUGGCUAUCAUCAAAGCCAUGGCCAACCUGAAGAUUGACUACGAGGACGCUGGAAGGGCGGACGACGCCCGGCAACUGUUUGCCCUGUCUGCAGCCGCAGAAGAGCAGGGCAUCUUGCCGGACGACCUGUCGAAUGUCAUCCAGCGACUGUGGGCCGACGGCGGCGUGCAGAGCUGCUUCACACGAGCCCGCGAGUAUCAGCUCAAUGACUCCGCAUCCUACUAUUUGAACGACUUGGAGAGGAUAGCCAAGCCUGAUUAUAUCCCCACACAGCAAGAUGUGCUUCGAACCCGAGUCAAGACCACGGGCAUUGUGGAAACACACUUCACCUUUAAAGACCUGCACUUCAAGAUGUUUGAUGUCGGAGGCCAACGCUCCGAAAGGAAGAAGUGGAUCCACUGUUUCGAGGGAGUUACCGCCAUCAUUUUCUGUGUGGCCAUGAGUGCUUAUGACUUGGUCCUGGCUGAGGAUGAAGAGAUGAACCGCAUGCACGAGAGCAUGAAGCUGUUUGACUCCAUCUGCAACAACAAGUGGUUCACCGAGACAUCCAUCAUCCUCUUCCUCAACAAGAAGGACCUGUUUCAGGAGAAGAUCGCCCAGAGCCCGCUGACCAUCUGCUUCCCGGAGUACACCGGCCCCAACAAGUAUGAGGAGGCGCAGGCGUACAUCCAGACUAAAUUCGAGGACCUGAACAAGAAGAAGGACACCAAGGAGAUCUACCCGCACUUCACGUGCGCCACAGACACCAAGAACGUGCAGUUCGUGUUUGACGCCGUCACUGACGUCAUCAUCAAGAACAACCUGAAGGACUGCGGCCUCUUCUGAGAGCAGAGGAUCUCCCGUGGAACGAAAGGCGCAUCCUGAACGACUGCACUGGCCAGCCACCAUCUCGCUUUUCCUUCGGCAAGAGACUGCCAAGCCCAGCAGCCUUGCAAGCGCGUCCACUUGAUGUUAACUCUCUUUGGGCUACGACCACAAAAUCAGCAUCUAUUCGUGUUUAUCUUCUAUUCUUCUUCAACUUGUUUUUUUUUUAAUAUAUAUAUAAUUGCUUUCAUUUUACUUAUAGCGAGUCUCGUUAUUCAGUUUUUAAUCACGCCAAGCUUAUUUUUAAAGAGAUGAAGCACACGCAUGGACUCGAGAUCUGACUUAUAUCAGGAUUGUUUUUUUGUUUGUUUUGUUUUUUUUUUCUGUCCAUGUUGAUAACGUUUACAUAGGUUCAUCAUCAUUUAUAGCUUGUAUUGUUCUGCAUGACUCAACAUGAUGGCUAUUAACUCUUAUUACUUAUCUGCACAAAUGAUCUAACAUUCCGACAGAAUAAAAAGUAUUAAUAAAAGCCAGACGAGACGGCCACAUUCUUACUGAUUUUAAAACUUGUGUAGCUAAA